CUUUUUCGCCAGUUUGCUCAAACAUCAAAGAACCUCUGAGAAUUCUGAUUUCUGAGUGUUAAGAAUUAUCCUCUCUAGUGAAAUCCUAAAGUUUUUUCACUUCACGAAAUGCUCAGUAUAGGAAGGUAUCCAGCUGGGCAACAAUGCUACGCUGUUAUUCUUCAAAAACCCUUAUCAACAGCCUUCAUUUUUCCGGCUAGAACCCCACAAUCCCGAGUAAUAGCAAGUUUUCCAACGCAUAAACUAGCCCAUCUUGGUCAUUUGAAAGUUAUUGGGCAGAAAAGAAGUGGGCUCUGUGUAUAUGCCUCAGAUGGUCAAAAGCAAGGUAGUCAUAGUGUAUUGGAAGUGGAGGAUUUCGACGAAGAUGGUGGCUUUUGGGAAGACGACGACGAAGAAGAAUUUUCUGAAGAGAUUGAUAAUGAUGAUGGUGACGGUGAUGAAGAUGAAGAAUUUAUUCCUUUGGUAAAUAUGAAACAGUGGCUUGCCAAGAAACCGCGUGGAUUUGGUGAAGGUAAAGUGUAUGAUACUUCAAUUGAGGAUAAGCUGAUGGAGGAAAUUGAGCAGAGUAGAAAGGCUCAGCUUGCUAAUAUUAAUAAUUUGAAGAAUAACCCUGUGGGUUCCAUUACUAAGAAGGCUAGUAGUCAGCAAGAGAAAGCUGGGAAGUUUGCGACCUCAGAAGUUAGUCAGCAGGUGUUUCGUGUCCGAUUGGUCAACCUUCCAAAGAAAAAGAACAUUCACAAAGAUCUUGAUUCUGCAUUCAAAGGAGUUGCUGGAAUUCUUCAGAUUGUCCCAGUUGUUUCUGGCAAUAAAAAAACUAGGGACCCCAUCUGUAAAGGCCUGGCCUAUAUUGAUUUCAAAACUGAGCCUGAAGCACACAGGUUUAUACAGACGUUCUCAGGACAAAGUAUCACUUUUGGGAAAGUUCAGAAGCAGAUAACAUGCGAAAUGAACAUAAGCUUGCUAAAAUAUCGGAAUGAACCUUCAGCUGAAACUGUCGUUACUGCACAACCAGAAGUGCGUCGCGUGAAUAAUAUGGAACAGACAAGGUCGACUAGAUUUGAUACUGAAGUUGAUCAGGUGCCAGAAUAUGAUGAAGAAGUUUUGGAAGAGGAUCAAAGGCCACCACUAUCGCAUGGGGGUGGUCCAGUAGAAAGGAGGAAUGCAACCAGUAUCAAGUCGCCGUCCUUAAAGAUAAAAAAGGAAACUCAAGAGAAAGGGAUAAAGGUUCCAUCUAAAACAAAGAAAGAGAGACAACCGAAGUUGAAUAUUCCAGGAUCUGCAAACCGGUAAGCUGUGGCUAACAUAUUUUCCAUGUAAAUUGAUACAAAGGUUUUUACUCUUAUUUGAAUGUCGAGUUUUCUGCAGGUUGAAAAUCAGGGAAAAAGCUGUGCUAGCCGGGGUGUUCUCCAAAUACGUGGCUAAAGAGAGCAAGGCUGAUUGAAAAGAUACUGAGGAAUUUUGAAGUGUUCAGCAGCAUGACUGAGAUUGUGAGAGGGUGUUUUACCAAUUUAGGGUCAGUUCAAGGAAGGAUAUUCCGCUUCACUUUCAGUCAGUGAUCUCAGGCUUCUUCGCUGAAUCGAGGGGGCAGUAAGCGAAACUAGCGAUGAAGAUGAAUUGAGAUGGUGAGAGAUAACAAGUGAGAUACUGUUGUCACGCCGUCACGAAUGUGUACUCAUGAUUCCUCGAAUGAUAUGAUUAUUUCUAAGCUCGAUCGAUGUGAUUCUUGAGUUGCUACGCUAGAGAUUCAUGUAAACAAUAUUUGCUCAAUGAGAUUGUCUCAUUGUAAGAUCUAUAUGUGCAGUUCGCAGUAAUUUAGAAUUCUAUCUCAAAAGUAUAGAGAACAAAGUUUUGAUAGAAAAUUGAGCUAGAGAACACAUUGGAUUGUCAAAAGUGAGAAUAAUACUGAAGUCAUUUUUUCGAGAAGACCUAUCAUGAGCGUAUUUGGCGCCACGCUUUUGUUCAAAAUAAUACUGAAGUCAUUUUUACUAUUUCCAAAGCCAAAAUCUUUACGUUUUGUUGUAUGAGCAAAAGCAAUAGUGCGAUUCCUUUUGAAACGUGAA